AGUCUAUAUAGGAAAAUCGGCACAAUUACUUCCAUCUCUCACUCUUAUCAGAAACAAAGAAGAUAAAAAUGGCAGUGUGUUCAACAACCACUCUAUCCAUCGGCGGUAGCGUCUUCUCCGGCCAGCUACGGCAUUGGGAACCUAACGAAUCGAAGCUCUUUCAAAAACCCAGAAGUCGUUUUCGAUGUUUAUGCCUUAAUGACCUCCAUUUGCUACGCUUCAGAACCAAAACCUUGAAUUUCAACCCAAGGGGAAGCUUGCUGCCUUCACUUUAUGCUUAUGGCAAAGAAGCUGACGACGCCUUUCUCUCGAAGGUAAAUGAAGACACUGAUGAGAUGUUUGAUGAUUUGAUGAAAAAGUAUGGAGAAGUAGUAUUUAGAAAGAAUGACCGUAAGUCUCCAAGUGCUGAGCUCGAUGAUGAUGCCGAAAGCUUGUCGUUUGCUGUAGAAAUGGCCAAGGUAGCAAGUGAUGUGAAGGCUGCUGAUAUAAGGGUCCUCUUUGUGAAGCCUCUUGUGUAUUGGACUCGGUUUUUCAUCAUUGCAACAGCAUUUUCUCGCCCGCAGAUUGAUGCCAUUGGAUCCAGAAUAAGAGAUUUGGCUGAGAAGAAGUACGGAAAAGUUCCAUCUGGAGAUGCAAAACCAAACUCAUGGACACUUUUAGACUUUGGUGAUGUCGUUGUCCACAUAUUUCUUCCUCAACAAAGAGCUUUUUACAAUUUGGAAGAGUUUUACGGAAAUGCAACACUCAUUGAGCUGCCUUCUGAAACCCAACCACCAUUUCACACUUGAAAGCGACUAUUUCCAAAGGAACCAAAGGCCCUGACUGAUAGAACCUCAUAGUGGAAGUGCUUAUCUAUGCCAGAUUUCAGUUAGCAUUACAUACUCAUCACCUCAAUCCUUGCUGGGAGGCUUGAUCUGGAAUCACUGGGGCACAGUUCUAUUUCUGGUACGUAUCAUUUGCUAAUCAUAUGGAACAGUUGAAAGCCCGGAAUUAUUAUAUGUUCAGUUACAUGGAUACUUCCGGGUAGUGCCUUAAUUAUUUAUGGCUUGUACCUGUAACAGUCGCAAGCAGUCAUGCCAUGAGGCUUGAUGAGUUUCGAAUCAGUAUAAAUGUAGAUUGAAUUUAUAGGUUAAAUUUAGCUUAUGAUCCGAAUGAUUAUGAAUCUAAGAAUUUUAGAUUGUUUA